GUUUGUGAUGCAGACACACUCGACACACUUGCACAUGGCAGCGUCCUGAAGAUGUCGUCAUCUAAAGCGAAGAUGUGGGAGAAGAAGAUGAGACACCAGCCCACCAGUGUCCAGUAUUCAUCCACUCCAAACGGAGGAGACGCUCCGGUGUCCGGUCGAAGUUGUAAUGAUGGCCCAUCUGGCAUCGAGCGAUCUACAAAAAGGCCAAACAACCCUCACCAACAGAGUGGAUGGGCCUGUGGACACCAGAAAGGUGGGGGAGGCUACGCCACGGACAUGCCCAAGGCCAUAACAGGCGGAGCUUUUGCCAGGGCCAGGGCUGCUGAGGUAAGUGCCAUGUUGAAAGCUGUUAACAGGACAACUGGAAAAUGCCAUGUGUUUGGAUCCCUGCCUAAACACAUGAGGAGACGGGCCAUGAGCCACAAUACGAAGCGGCUCCCUCUCAGACUGAGAGACAGAGCUAACCGAAUGCGAGAGAAGAGCCUCAAGGCUGGAUCAAAGAAGGAACCCGCAAAGAAUAAGAGUCGCAAGGCCCGCCGGCGGCACGGAAACAUGCUGCUGGAGUUCAACCGUCGUCAAAGAAAAAAUGUGUGGCUGGAGACUCACAUUUGGCAUGCCAAGCGCUUUAUUAUGGUUAAAAAGUGGGGUUACUGCCUUGGACAUAGACCCACAAACAAAUGCUAUCGUCCUUGCUACAGGGCAAUGAACAGCCACUGCCUCCUUCAGGACCAUUCCUACUACUGCUGCAUAGAGCUACAGGGAGAGGAGAGCACACUUCUGGCUUCUCUGUCACGGUUGACAAGCAAGGAGGCUGGCCCUACAUUUGCAGCAGCGAUGACUCUAUCAGGGCAGAGACAGGGUAGUGUGGUGGUGUACAGAGCAGGACAGUACCCCUUGCAGCCUCUGGGCCCUGUGACCUUCCUCUGGAGACCACAGAUUCAGGGUUCAACCAUCAGGCAGUUGUGGAUCUGGGCUCAUCCCACGAUUAAAAAGGACCUGCUUCCUGAGCUACAAACUGUGUGCGAGUGUUGUGAGGCAGUAGUUCCUUCAAUUAAUCUCAUGGGGACUCCUGCUGAGGUUGUUCCCACCACAGAAUGUGAGCAGAAGCCAAAUGAGACUCCUGAAGCCAAGCAGAUAACUGGAACAAAGAGAAAGAAAACUUGUAAAGAUGCGACUGGACCUCCAACCAAAAAGAUCAUUGGAGAUGGAACUAGAUCUCCCACUACACCAAUCACCUGGAAGUCAAGCUCCACUGGAGUCAUUAUUAAUGAUCUCACUAUGGAGAUGGUACGUUUUCGUCUGAUUGGACCACAGUCUCUCACCGUUCUAUCAGAGACUUUGGAAACGGCUGCAGAUUGUGAAGGAGUUCAUAAAUCAAAGCCCUCCUCCCUCUGGUGGUCUGAGCAAUGCAAAGAUGAGAGCAAGAGGAGUCUGCAUCAAGAACAAAGUGAUAUCUAUCGCCUGCUUAAAGGCAUCCAUUUGACUGGAGAGCUCCCCCCUGGCACCGUGCUGGGUCUGACCGUAGAAGACCCAAGGCUGACUCUACCAACAAAGAAAGUUGUAGCGUUGCCACAUGUUAAACAAGCACAAGAGUCGGAGGAGAAGAGUAGGGAGCUGAUGCUGAAAGGAGUACCAAAACACUGCUGUCAGAGUUACCUGUGGGAGCGCUCGGUCCGAGACAACGUCACUGAAAACAAGAUAUCAGAGCAGGAGUUGAACAGAAGAAGAAGUGAGAUGCUGGUCCCAGGUUCCAGGCUGACCCCCACUCCCCCGCAGAGCAGAAUCCCCAUUCUACUCGUCCAUCAGCCUGGCAAGCAGGUCGGGUGUGAGAUGAUGUCGUGGGGUGCUGGAUGGGACCUGCUGCUUCCUAAAGGAUGGGGCAUGGCUUUCUGGGUUCCACUGGUGUACAGAGGAGUUCGCAUCGGAGGGCUGAACAUGAGUCUGAAACACUCGCAGAUAAAGGGGGUCCCCCACUUCCCACAUGAUUACCCAGAUUGCCCUUCAGGCGUGGCGUUUCAGGAAGAGCAAGAGGCAGAGCUCCUGAAAACGUUUAAAAGGCGUCCGCCAGCCAAAAGGACCAAUUACAUUAAACACGGCUGUCUGGCUCCAUUCCGUUGCCCCUGGCAACAGCUGGCAGAGGAAUGGGAGCCUAAGAUGGAAUCGGGAGAGAAGAAAGACGGUCAGAUCGAAACAGCGACAGAGUGUGACAAGGUGACUGAGGAGGAGCUGACUUCACAUUCAGCCGUCACUGUGACAAAGUCUCUGAGCUGUGUCAGUGUACUGAGGAAUAGAAAGUCACUGAGGCUGCUCUCUGGUUGGUGCAGACCUACAACAUCUAAAGGUCAAAGGCCGUGCCGUGUCGGGGACCAGCCGCCCCUCAACCACUCGGCGGUGAUGUCGUUUCUCACGGCACACAGAAUGAGCCUGGUGUGGGUGCGUCUCUCUACGCUGUCAAAGGGCAAACCAGAGCCCCAUGCCAUGGUUUGUGUCCCGACCGCAGAGGACCUGCAGCUCCUGAACAAAGGACCCGGCAGCAGUGGCCCCCAGGAGCCCCCACACGGAGACCACUUUAAAAGCAGAAUCAAACACAAAAAGAAGGGCCUAAGAAAAGCUGCUACAUCCUCUUUGAGUGAAAUGUCACACCUCUCUGCCUCUGAACCGAAGCCCUCCUCCUCUAAAGAGCCCGACCCCUCCCAGUCUUCCUCAGACCUCACCUUUGGGCUGUGGCCAGACCCUCUGCCGAGAGUCACCUCUCACUGCUGUCGAUUGACUUUAGGCUGGGCCACUCAAGGUGACUUCUCACUGUCUGUAGGCUGUGGGGAGGCUCUGGGGUUCGUCUGUGUUGCUGGACUCCUUAAAACCCUCUCAAACCAGCCGAUGGAACACAGAGGAAUGUUGCUGCUGCGCAACCCUACUUCCCUGCACUACCGUUUUGUCAAAUUAACCAUCGAGGUCUGACCAAAGCAUGUGUGAACGUGCAAGAGAAUGACUGACUCUGUCCACCAAAGGUCAGACAUUCUGACUAUAAGUGUAUGCAUGAAGAAAAACUAUAAUUUAUCUGGUGGUACUAUCAUCUUGAAGAUAUUGUGUAUUCUUUGCACAUCAUUGUUUCAUUUGAAAAAGUUUGGAGUUCAUAUUUGUUUCCAUAUAAAUCUCUUCAUGCAACUGAUACUUCUCAGAGAGCUCCUGUAUCAUUUUUCAGUUCAAUAAAUGUGCAUUAAGUCA